AUGCUGCAAAGCGUCUGCGAACUCAUCGACCUGCAUAAAAGUCUUUACAAAGCCCAGCUGCUUAAUGUUAUAAAAGAUUUGCGUUGGCGCUUCAAGCAAAUCCAAGAUGUCAUUGCCAAAUGCCCACAGCCAGGGCAUAAGUCCCUCCUUUAUCGAUUCAAGGUUCUUUUCAUGAACCAAAGAAUCACGGGUCUGAUGAAGAAGCUAGAAGGAGUCAAGCAGACGAUGAGCCUGACGCUGUCAAUUGCUCAACUGGCCGAGAAUCAUCAAGCAUCAUACUCGCGCGCUUCUCUCGGAACUCUCCGUCUAGAAGCCAUGAUCACUAUUGAAAGGUCCCGAAGAGCCGUCUCGCAGCUCAUGGACACUCCGGUUCAGCCGCAGAUAGAGGCGGCCCAGCAACAGCAGAUUGCCCACGAUGAAAGACCCCAGGCGAUGGCCACAUGGAUGUCACUGAUGCUGUCAGCGCCAAACAUACCCCUCGAUCGCCGGUUGCCGAGUAAUGAGAUUGGGCAGAUUGCCAGACAAAAUGAGCGAGCUGUCGAGAUUUACAACAAGCCAGGGCUUCGACCGAAGCCGAUGGAGGGUCUGGAAGUAACGGCAACCAGAUUCUCGGCCCAAGAUAUUGACAAAAGGGCCCUCGAAGAGCUCAAUCUCGAUUGGCAGACUUCUGCUGAUAAUUCUACUGUGCUUGUCACGAAAGAUAAAAGGCCACUGAAUGAGUUCGAAGUGGAUAUGGUUGCUGGGACUAGCAUGGUUAUCCGGGCUACGUCUAACCCGGACUGGCACGUCAUGAACACACCUUUUAUGAGCUUGGGACUCAAAGCGUUGGCGAAUCGCUUGAUAGAAGACUGGACGACAUUCGACAUCAAGGAGUUUUCUGAUGAGAUAGACGGUAACAAUCAUUUACAUCCCGAAUCUCAUGUCAAUGAGGUUCGAGGUGGCGACGAAGAUUCAAAAUUCGCAAGCUCAUCUAAUGAGUACGUGAAUCAGUACUUGAAUCGCCAGCCUUGGGCCUCGGAGGUGCGUCCGGAGUUCGCAGCGGGCGAGCCAAGAACAUCCACUGGCGGUUUUCGCAACCAACAAUCGAGACCCAAUGGGCCGAUCGCUGCGAGUCGUUCCGUUCCCGCGGGAGCACGGCCACCUUUACCUGACGACCUGGCUUCAUUCUACAGUAAUACGAGUUCAUCGCCACGGCCGGCAGAGGGACGGAGAAUCUUCCCUUACAGACCAGCUCAGGCCCCGGAGCCUAGUGAAUACGCUUAUGCCAACCCACCGCCCCAGCACCAUCACAGCUUCGCCAGUCUUUAUGACGAAGCACCACACAAUCCAGUGCGCGAAAGGCACCCGUUCACGACCGAGCACUCAGAUGAUCUCGCCCCCGAUCAAGGAUACGACUCCGGCGACGUUGCAGACGAUGACGCAGGCGAAUUUGGACAAGCCGGCCAAAGGGGGACAAUCGACCAAGUUGAAUUAUUCGAAGUCGAGUCUGUAGACUCACGGCUGAGAGAACUAGACAGUAUUUCCGUACCCGCGAAAAAGUCCAAUGUUGAAGAGCCCCACCAACUUACAGAAAUGAUGGUGAAGGGACCAGUACAGGGACCGUUACCGAGCAAUUCAACUACAGACAAUGAUGGCCCGUCAUCGACUCCAGAUACUGCACACGGUUUUGAUAUUCACCCCAAAGAGGCAAGCACAGGACAGCAAGACGGAAGGGAAAUCAAGACUCUGUCACUAAGAAGACCCAUGCCGCCACCCACGUCUCAAAAGCCGACUACCAGGGCGCGAGCAGCCAGCCGACUCACCGCUCAGAUAGAAGAAGCGAAUGGAAAUCCAAACACCAGUGACUCUGAGGAGUCCAUGUCGACCUUCGAGCCGCAGCUGCCACCGGUCAUGGAUGCACCAGGACCUGAACACGAGAGCCCCGUGCCAGUCUCGACAGCAUGGCGAGGCGUAGUAUCCCCGGUUCGACCACAUCUUGUCCCCAUUUACGUCAGGGGCAACGAAUUAGGACAAACUUGGUAUGCAGGACCGGAGCGUGUGUAUGUUGAGCAGUUUUCACCGGAAUACCUGCGUCCUUGCAGCAUUGAAUGCUGCUUGGAUGGUCUUCAUGGCCAAGACAGACAAUAUCUUCUCAUCAGCACCGACUGGGUCAGCUUGGAGGCCUUAGAGUACCACGGCCUCAAGUACAAAGUCGCGUGGCAGCAUUACCUCUAUCUCAAUCCAGUCAUGACAUACCUCGCGCGCGCUGCCUCGCCUCUAGCGCUCUUGCCAUCCUUCAGUUGCAUCUCACGUAGGAGUCAUCUCAUCAACGACAACGUCCAUCACCCCACCAAGCUCAGAUUGGCCAGGGGCAUCACCAUGGCGUCUGCAGACCGCGGAGGCGCGCAGAUGGCCGGUAGUGGCGGGGAUUCGGUCACGUAUGACGGCAAGGAGUACGAUGUCAUCCAGGAGGGCAUGGCGAAAAUACUCGUGCCUGGAGGCAUGAAGGAGAACAAGGACAAGAACGCCCAGCAGGUCUUCUACAACCCCAUCCAGCAAUUUAACCGCGAUCUCUCUGUCCUUGCUAUCAAAGCAUACGGCGAAGAGGUCAUUGCCAACCGCAAGGGGCAUCCCGCGGCGAAACGUCUCGACAACAAAGAGAAGAAGAGAAGACGUGGCGACGAGAACGAUGGCAACGACCGCCCUGCCAAGGUCCAAGUAUCCGAGGGCGAGGGGGAGGCCGAAGUGACGAUCACAAAAACCAGCGACGCACCCGCUGCGCCUGCGACGGCCGCCGAGACUGAGGGCAAUGGGAGAGCCGAGGAGCCAAAAAAGCCCGAGCCCCAGCCUCGCUUUACCGUUCUCGAUGCGCUGUCUGCCUCGGGCCUGCGCGCCCUCCGCUACUCGCACGAGCUGCCCUUUGUCACAUCGGUCACGGCGAACGACCUGACGAAAUCGGCCGCCGAGUCGAUCAAGCUCAACGUCAAGCACAACGGCCUCGAGGACAAGAUUGCUGUCAACCACGACGAUGCCAUCGCCCACAUGUACCGGCGCAUCGCCGACGACCUCUCCAACAGGGACAGCCGCGGAAGGCCCAGCACCAAGAACAAGUACGACGUCAUCGACCUGGACCCCUACGGCACUGCGGCUCCCUUUAUCGACGCGGCACUCCAGGCCGUGCGUGACGACGGCGGCCUGCUCUGCGUCACGUGUACCGACGGCAGCCACUGGGCGGGCCACUGCUACGCCGAGAGGAGCUUCGCGCUGUACGGCGCCGUCCCCGUCAAGGGCAUGCACUCGCACGAGGCGGGCCUGCGCCUGAUCCUGCACACGCUGGCGUCGACGGCGGCGCGCCACGGGCUGCACGUCGAGCCGCUGCUGUCGCUGUCGAUCGACUUUUACUGCCGGCUCUGGGUCCGCGUGACGAAGAGCGCCAACGCCAUCAGCUACCUCGGCGGCAAGACCAUGGUGGCGUACCAGUGCUCGGGGUGCACGGCGUGGGAGACGCAGUUCCUGGUGCGGACGCGGCCCGAGCCCAAGAAGAAGGGCGGCCACUUUUUCAAGCACAGCCUCGCCAAGGGCCCGCCGACGGACGGCGCGUGCCGGCACUGCGGCUCGGCGCAGCACAUCGCAGGUCCCAUGUACGGCGGCGCCAUCCACGACCAGGGCUUCGUGCGGCGCGUGCUCGACCUGCUGCCGACGGCGGAUCCGGCCGUCUACGGCACGCUGCCGCGCAUCGAGGGCAUGCUGACGACGGCGCUCGAGGAGUACCUGCCGGGGCCCGAGCCGGCGGGGGACGUGGACGCCAAGGAGGCGGCGCUCGCGCGCGUCGACCACAGCCCGUUCUUCAUCAUGCCGUCCAAGCUGGCCGGCGUCAUCAACGCGCAGCAGGUGCCGGACAACAUGUUCCGCGGCGCGCUGAAGCACCUCGGCUACCGCGUCACGCGCAGCCACUGCAGGCCCGGCAGCAUCAAGACGGACGCGCCGUGGGACACGAUCUGGUUCAUCAUGCGUGCGUGGGUGCGGCAGAAGGCGCCGGUCAAGACGGAGAAGAUCCGACCGACGAUGCCGGCGUACCGGCUCUUGGGGCUCGACAAGGAGGCUGCGGUGGCUGCAGAGGAAGCUGCGGUGGCUGCCGCGGACGCUGUGAUGUCUGUCGAAGACGCAGGCGAGGACACGGUUGUGAGGGAGGUGGAGAGCACGGCGAGGCCGCCCGACGAGGCGGCGGCGCAGGACACGCACAUGGGCGAUGCCAGCGAGGCGGCGGCGGGCGAGGCCAGCGAGGCGACGCCGACGGAGGCCGACCUCCGCAAGACGCUCGUGUUUGACGAUGCGCUCAUCAGGCUGGGCAGGGCCAGGGACAACAGGAAACUCGUGCGCUACCAGCUGAACCCGCGCGAGAACUGGGGGCCCAUGACGAGGGCCAAGGGAAAAUGA